CGUUAUACAUCAAUUUUCACUUUUUAGGUUAGACGUUACUGUUCCGCAUUCCUCAUUUUAAUUUGACACUGACAGAUGUGUGGUGUAUACACACUCACUAGAUUACAAAUUUAAAAAAUCGCACGUUAUUUUCUUUGAAACUUCUGUUACAAGUGAAAUGUGAAGAUGAACAUAAAUAAACGACUUUGACAUUUGUUGAUUGUCGGAGUUUACAGAAAUCUGCAAUUUCACAUUCUGAUUAUUGGGGGGCUGUAUUUAUUUUUUGAAAUUUUAUUUUCGUGCCGGUUCUUUCUAAAAUUUGUAUUUCUUGUAUAGUGUUGUCGGUGGUUUUUAAUUAGUUUACCAAAGUACUAUUUGCAAUUGUGUAUCUACAAAUAGUGUUGUCGGUAUUUGUAAACAUUGAACAGCUGAUAUCCAUCAAAGAUUUAUCAAAGAAGGCUUGUUAACCCUCUAGUCCUAACCCGAUUAUUCUACAGUAUAUCCUAUUUUCAACGUGAUAUUUCAGAAUACAAUCACUGAUAAUCUUUCCAGAUUCUUAAAAAAGGAUUAUUUAUUAUAAUGGCCGUUACGUGGAAUAAUGAAUAUUAUAUUGCUCUCGAAGGAAGAGAUUUGCAGGCAAAUGCAAUGGCUGUGGAUAAUUCCGGAACCUAUGUAUUGUUGGCUGGUCGCAGAUACAUUGCUAUCAGAAACCUAGAUGAAGAGCUAGAAGUCGUACAAAAGUUUCCCAGGCAAAGCAAGUAUGAUGUUGGAGCAGCCGAAUGGAAUCCAACCAACCAUAAACGUGAACUUUGCGUGAUAUCGAGUAAUCAACGAUUAGAAGUUUUAACCUGGCGCUCACAAGAACUAAUUCAGGCACAUUCAUUGAGGGCACAUACACGGGUCAUAACAGAUUUAAAUUGGCAUCGUUCCGAUCCAAACAUUUUAGCAUCGUGUUCGGUUGAUACUUUCAUACAUAUUUGGGAUUUGAGGGAUGCACGACGCCCGUCUUUAUCCUUGUCUGCAAUAGCAGAAGCUUCUCAAGUGAGAUGGAAUAAAAUAUCGUCCCAUCUCUUAGCAACUGCCCAUGACGGAGAUAUAAAAAUUUGGGAUCAACGUAAAGGAACUGCUCCAGUUCAGUACGUCGCGGCUCAUUUAUCAAAAAUUCAUGGUUUAGAUUGGAAUCCAAAUGUAGAAACUCAGUUAGCUACAUCAAGUCAGGAUAAUACCGUAAAAUUUUUCGAUAUGACGAAUCCACGACGCGCGGAAUACGUGUUGACUACUAAUGCUCCAGUGUGGCGGGCAAGGUUUACACCUUUUGGCAACGGUCUAGUAACUGUGGUAGUUCCCCAGCUACGAAGGGGGGAAAACAGUUUAUUGUUGUGGAAUACAGCGAACCGCUCCACUCCUAUGCAUACUUUCGUUGGACAUAGAGACGUGGUCUUAGAGUUUGAAUGGAGAAAACAGUCCCCAGGAUCAACUGAUUUCCAACUAAUUACGUGGUCUAAAGAUCAGACCUUACUUGUGUGGAAAAUUGAACCAUUUUUACAAAAAUUGUGUGGUCACGAACCGGAUGAAACUAAAGAAGACGUUGUGAUUAACUCUGAGUCGCCAGAAGCUAUAAAACUCAAAAAGAAAACUUCUCCUAAAAUACAACCUCUACAACAAGAAUUUUCUCUCUUAAAUGUACAUAUACCAAACUUAGAAGUUACAGCUAUGGAUCCAGUAACUCGAACGUGUACUGUUUACGCCAACGUUAAUAGUUUUUCCGUAAAUCUACAAGUUUCGUUCCCCAAUGCUUAUCCGCAUGGUGUACCUCCAGUUUUUCAAAUUCUCAAAGAAUCAACAUUAAACGAUUCUGUUGGAGCCCAGCUUUUACAGACUUUAAAUCAUUUGGCUCAACAAAGAGUUUCAAAAAAUCGUACUUGCUUAGAAUCGUGUUUACGACAGAUGGUUACGACUUUAGAGCAACUGUCUGCUGACUCCGAGAAUGAUAGAAUAUUUGACCCUUCGUAUACAGAGCCUUCUAAUGUUUUUGGCGGAUACAACGAUGCAUAUAUUCCUUUUCCUCGUACCUCAGGAGCGAAAUUUUGUUCCGUGGGAAUUUUGGUUUGUUUCGGUCGAGCUCCGCACACUAGAAGGUUUUCGGGAAAACUGGAGACAACCACCCCACGAGCUUUGUCCGCCUUGGAAACAAUUUUUUCUAAACGCUCUUCGGAUCAUGUCACGGUGUCCUCAUAUUAUUACCAGAAACCACGCUUUCGGAUUAAACACGCAAAGAAUCCGUCGAAAGCAAUUGUACAUGUGUACGAUGUUUCUGGAUUACUUUUGACGAAUAGGCAGUUGGCGGAGGAGUAUAUUUUAGAUGGAGAUACGGCAACCAUUUGCAAACAUAAUGCAGCGACGGCAGCAGUCGCAGGACGGUGGGAUUUAGUACAAGCAUGGACGUUGGCAGAACUUAUUGCAUCUUCUAUAGAUAAAGAUGAACAUUGGUUUAAUCAUCCAUUUGGAAGUCAGCUUUCAGAGGCUUUAAUUGCUCAUUAUGCUUCCCGUUCAGAUAUCCAAAUGGCCGCAAUGCUUUCUUGCAUCUUUGGUAAAAAUCAAAUUAAAUACAGCCGACAGUCUUCAAAAAAAACCCUUUUUAUUUCUGCGAAUGACGCUUCAUCCUAUCACACAAUCCCUCCUACUGAGAUAUCGACAGAGGGAUGGGUCCUAGCUUCCUUGAAACCGAUGAGGUCAACCUCUCUAGACAAUCUUCGUUUAAAUGGUCAUGAAAAAUUUCCCUGUCGGAAAAAGGAAUUCCACUUAUACGAGUACUUUAAAUUGUCGUACGCGGAGGUACUCCAUAGAUGGGGACUGUUAUAUAAUCGUGCCGAAGUGUUAAAGUUUCGGUGCAGACCUCCCGAAAGCCACAAAGGUGUCGAAUUUUCUACAGAAUGUAAAAACUGUGCAAAGUCCACCAAACAUUGUACCUGCAGUACAUGCAAGAAAUUUUCGUUGAAUUGCAUUAUAUGUCACUUGUCUGUACGGGGAUCUGCAAACUGUUGCAUGGUUUGUGGUCAUGGAGGACACACCAAACAUUUAAAACAAUGGUUCGAAAAACGCGACGUAUGUCCAUCUGGAUGCGGUUGUCGAUGUUUAACAGAAACAGCAAGUUUGUUCACGUUGUAAGCCGAAGACUGCUGCAUGAACAGUAAAUUAAAUAAACUUUUUAAGAAAUUUACAA